CGCUAAACUUCCGAGGGACAUUGAGGCGAUGCAGACUAGAUCCGCGGCUUGCCCCCAUCUUCCGACCCGCCGACGCAACUUUGCCUGGAACAACCGCUGAACUGUAAGGCAAUGGCACAAGAUGUGCGCGACACACGACUGCAGCCUCCGGAUGCCGGUCCUCUCUCCGAUGAACAGCUGUCGGAGCAACCUUCCGCUCCAGAGUGGAUGUCGGCGCAAUCCAAUUAUUCCACUGGCGCGCUUCACAGCGACAACGAUCUUGGUCACCAUGACGCAGUAGAACUCUCAGCUGGAAACUCGCGUUCGCCAGAGAGUACAGUAGUGGGGGAGAUUGAGAACAGCCCGGCAAUGGGGAGAAAACCGCGGACCUUACCAGCAUGGAUCCGGUCCGUCGAGUAUACAGAUGACGACGCAGAAGCUGCUGUUACAGACAGGCUCCUUCCUAUGCAACCCGGAGAUGCCGUCGUCGCUCAGCAUAAUCACUCGCCCUAUGCGACAUCGAGGCCUACCCUUUCAAGCGGACAGGGCGAAGGUAGCGACCGCAAUAUCGGACGAGAGCGUGAGUCGCGCUGGAAGAAUUUUUCCAGGGACAUUGUAUAUCCUCGAGAACAGGGUGUCGAAGAGAAGAUUGUCACGCCCGACUGGCUGGAGGAGAACGUCGGCGAUUAUUCUCAGCCAUGGCGAGGUCAGCUUUCACCCGAUGAAGAUACCGAAGACCCCCUGAGGAAGAGACGGCGCCGAGAAAUUUGGAUCAAGCGCUUCCACAACACACUUUUGAAGAGUCCCAUGGUCCCCUUGAUCUUUCGACUUACAGUCUGGUGUUUUUCUCUGACAGCGCUGGCUCUCGGAGGUUCCAUCCAGCAUUUGUCGGGAAAGUACAAGCAUCCUCAAGGCCCUUCUGCCCUCAUGGCAAUCAUCGUUGACGCUGUCGCUCUGGUCUAUCUUAUAUACAUUACGUUUGAUGAAUACACAUCCAAACCGCUCGGUCUUCGGUCUCCGUCCGCGAAAGCACGGCUCAUUCUCUUGGAUAUCUUCUUCAUUGUGUUCGACUCGGCCAAUCUAAGUUUGGCGUUUGAAUCCCUCUCUACUGUCAGAGGUGCAUGCACGAUGGCUGAGGUCAAUCAAGAAGUUGCGCCUAAAAACGACGCAAUAUGCGACCGGCAGAUUGCUUUAGCUUGUGUGUUACUGAUCGCGCUGAUAGCCUGGCUCACCACCUUCUCAAUCAGCGUCCUCAGACUUGUCGAACGAGUUGCCUCAUGAGCUGCAGCUAUUAUCCCUGUCCCCUUCCCCUUUCACUUCUUCAAUCUAUAACCCCCUGGGCCUCUUUCUUUCUCCUUUCUUGCUAUCAUAAGAUCCGAAUUACUAUUCUGGUCUUCAUUUUCUUCUUGGCUUGCCGCUUUUUACCCUUUACGAUUUCUUCUCCCCCUUGGGCUGCCUUGCUUGGCGCUAUAUC